AUGGACUGGGACGACACUUGUACUUCGACUGCUCCUCCAAACCGCGUCCUUACCAACUCUACCUUCGUUGCUCCUCCUAAUGCUCUUCCACAUGGUCGCGUCUCACCCAUCAAGUACCAUUAUGAUCGUCUCACGGAUGUGGAGCUCUUACGAUCCCUUCACCCGCAUUAUUAUCAAGCCCGCAUAGCGAAGCCCCUCGACGUCAACAAUGACCUGACAGCGCGUCCGCAACUCCGCAAGAAGCCAAAAUUAACAUCGAGUAGCUCCGAGUCAAAAACACAAACUCGUCUUGAUCCGUUCGAUCCUGGCAUGAGCACCUCAGCAGAGACUCCGAAAUCCUCUUCCCUUCAUCCCCCCCUUGAAGACGUCGAUCAGAAUACCACCGGACCUGAUUCCUCUGGCGGUGUUAAUCAACAGCCUCCCCCAUUGCAACGAACCAACUCGCAUCCGCUGCAACGAUCACCCUCGCACAAAAGACCUCCCGCCUCGCAUAGUAGUUACGGUGUGGAGACAACUUGCGGACCGCCUCCCUCAUAUAGUACUCAGCGAACACUGUCGCAGGAUAGGAUCCGAGCUCUCGACCGGAAUCCUGGCUCGAGGGCUACGAACGCUGCGCCGCGGGAUUUGUCGCCUUCCAAGCUCAAUGAGUCUGUGACGGAUCUUGAACCUCCCUUGCCACACCCACCUUCCCCACCUCCGAGGCAAGACAAUACAACCCCUUCAAGCGCGGUAUCUUCGACGGGAGAGGCGAACAUACAGGAGGGAUCCAGCCCCGAGUCUGCUGAUACACAAAGUCUGCUGACGCCGGAUUCAACAAUGAGCAAAGUCCCGGCGAAAGCAGCUGACGCUUUGGAGGCCGAAGAGAAGGUGGCCCCGGAUCUACAGAAACUACAACCGACAUCCCCGGAUGAGGAUGGGAAGGCAUCGAGCAGUGACGAGCGGAAAAGUGAAGAUUUGUUCUUGAAUAUUGCAAAGGCAGACGCGUCACGUGGAGGACAGGGACUAUCUAGAGCAGAGAAGAGACGGUCUAGAAUCUCUCUACCGUUCUAUACCAGCACGCGACCGUCCACAGGAUACCCAUCUUCACCGGGUCCAGAGAGGUUUGACACUGCCAGUGUAUCUGGUCGAUCAGAGGCUCUGAACUAUUAUAGCAAACGAUCCUCGCUUGGCCAACAUAUACCAGGGACUCUGUCACGGGCAUACGCGCAAGGGAACCCGGUCCAGGAAGAAGAUUUGGGAACCCAGCGGCAAAUGUACAGCGCCCAUGGCGGUGAUUUCUCUGGCUCUAAAAGACCUCUAUCAAGGCGAUAUUCAAACGCUAAUCCCAAUACCAAUACCAGUACAGAGGCCAGCCAUCAGAUUCCACGACCAAGCACCGCCCGUAACAGUCGCCUGGUUUCGGACUCGACAUUCGUGGAUCGCUCCAGGCUGGUCGACCAUAAUGCGACCGAGUCGACGAUUUCUACGACUGCCCCUUCAACCGUAUGGGACGAGCUGGAUGAUCUCAAAUCCAGAAUUCGGAAAUUGGAGCUGACAGGAAAGCUCCCGCCGUCCUCGGCUGCGGCAAUGACCAACACCGAUCGACCUAAGACGGCGACGACAGCUGCGACCACCAUGUCGUCCUCUCCGAAACAGAAAGUGGCAGUGACCCAGUUGCAAUCUGCCAUCGAAGGCGUCCCAUCGACGAUUCAUCCCAAUCUCCACGAGGCACUUGGAAAUGCCAAAGCGGUUGUGAGCAAUGAUGUUUAUCAAAGAUUACAGGCAACCGCGCAGGAUGCUCUCCACCUAUCCAUGAUGAUGAAUUCAGAAGGGCUUGCAGGUACUGGUAGCACCAUUGGUGUCUCGGCGGUCUCUGAACGACAGAUCCGGCGGAGGACCGAGAGCAUGUGCCGAAGUCUGACAGAGCUGGCGAUUGCGAUUUUGGCUGAUAGCAAGUCAACGCAGCAGUCAACUGCGAGACCUGGCAGCAGGGAUGCGUAUCCCUCCUCAGCCACAGGCCUUCGCGGACGUCGGUACAGCAACGAACCCAUCGACCGCCCUCCUGUGACUUCGAGAGUCCAGUCUCGACUCGAAAGCCGACGAACCAGCAUGCCGUUCGGAGCCACGUCGAACCCCACCACAACCACACCGGAGAGUGUUUUUCAAACGCCGCCUACGGCUUUGCCUCAGGUUUUGACCAGCUCGUCAAGAACCGGCCGCACCUCCUCUCUCAUACGCAGCAGGAGAACUGGACAUCUUGAUGGGUCUACCGACGACGAGGAGAGCAGCCCUUCGGUGCGGCCUGUAAGCCGCGCCAUGACAGAGGUGGGCACAUACCGGCAGAUGGCCAGGGAUCGAGCGGCGUAUUCCAGAGAGUACACCGCCCAACAUCCCAUGCCUUCGCCACUCGAGGCCAACAAGGGGACGACUCGGAGUCCGAUGCCUGCCCACCUCAGCUCCAACUUUGUAUCGAGACGCAAGUACGCUUCUCCCGGAAGCAGUGUUGGGACGCAGGACAAAGUCCCGCUAACCCCAAAAGAGCCCUGGGGUCGGAUAUCAAUCAUCCCUGCUGUGGGCUCAAGUCCGGUCGAGGGAACUCCAGAUAGUCAGGUCGGUAUUCGGACAUCCAACUCCAGGAGAAGUCUUGGAUUUGCCAGCAGAAUCUCUAGCGUCAGUAGUCGGCUCCGAGCAGCUAAGGCAGAGAGAAGUGCUAGUGUUAGAGAUCCCAGUGAGGCUCGAGGGACGAAAGACAUUGCACCAUCGGGCAAGGAAUCGAACAAUACGACGACAUUGUUGUUGGAAAGGCAGAAUUCAGGUCAAAGCGUUGGAGAAGUGUGA